GUUUGUCUGCAAAAUAAGUCAAUGGCUUUGUGUAAUCUCUUCCUUACAAACGUGUGGAAACAUUCAAGAAAUUGUGUCAAAUGGGUCCUAAUUUUUUGUCUUCAUGUUAAGCACGUUGAAGAAGAGGCCACCCACAUAGAAUUCUCAAGAAACAAACAACGCCAAUUGAUUAAUAAGCUAGACUUUGAAGUGGAAGCAACCAACCAACCACCAGGACGCACUACCGCUGCUUUACAACUUUUAUAUAUUGCUCCAUUUCCCACCAAAAGUUGUGCUCAAAAUUAUGGCUUCAUCACGGACCAGAUCGCCCAAACUCUGCAUCAGCAGGUCCGUGGCUCGCAUUCGGGUUCGUUCCCCGUCUCUUCGCGGCAAACCCACUUCAAAUUCUGUCGACAAUGAUCAAAAGAUCGAGUUUUUGGGCAAUGGAAUGGAGGAUUUUGUUGGUGAGAAUGGGUAUGGAAAUGGGAACAAGGUUAUGGCAGUCGUAGAUUCAAGCCUUGAAGCCAAGGGAGCUCUUCAAUGGGCACUGUCUCACACUGUUCAAAGCCAAGAUACCAUUGUUCUUUUGUAUAUUAGCAAGCUAUCCAAUUCCAAACAAGGUCCUGAGUGCAAGUUGAAGGUUAAAAGGGCUUGUGAACUUCUUCAUUCUAUGAAAAAUAUGUGUCAAAGGAAAAGACCAGGGGUGCAAGUAGAGGUAGCUAUACGUCCAGGGAAAGAAAAGGGUCCGAUCAUAGUGGAAGAAGCAAAGCAACAAAGGGUGUCGUUGCUUGUCUUAGGGCAGAGAAAACGGUCGAUAAUGUGGCGGUUAAUGAAGCGGUGGGCUGGAAAGAGGAAGGAUGGCGGAGCAGUGGAGUACUGUAUCCAGAAUUCGUCAUGCAUGACAAUUGCAGUGAGAAGGAAGGGCAAAAAGCUUGGAGGCUAUUUGAUCACCACCAAGCGGCAUAAAAAUUUUUGGCUUUUGGCUUAGCAUGUUUUAUAAUAUUUUAUAUGAAUAUGGGAAAACAAAAAAACCUGUAAUGGAGGUUGCAAUGUUUUUUCUCCGCUAGAAUUGGAAAUUAUGGAGAAGGAAAAUGGAAAAUUUUGGACUGCAA